GUCCAGGUAAUUUGUAAGCAGGUGAAAUAAAACAUCGUAAGCUUAUGACUUCUAGGGAGGAACUUUAGGAUUGAUCAUGUCUACAAAAGAAUACGUCGUGAUUUUUCUCCUUAUCGUGAUGGUGGCCGUGUUAGCUAGUUCCACAAUUAAUAUCGAUAAUUUCACACACGUGACGAGACUACAUGACAGAAUAGAGACACUUCACGGAAUUUCUGUCCACACAAACAACUCACUGACUGGUUGUGCCGCUCUCUGUCUUGCCAAAUGGAACUGUUGGUCACUGUUUUACGACUUCGUGACCAAAAUAUGCCGCCUAAACAAAAGUCCUUUCCUUGCUUUAAAUGAAACGACAAUACAAUCGGGAUUUCAUCAUUACAGUCGAGAAUUUUGUACAGGUGGUAUUCCAGACAUUGCACAUACCUAUCAGACUUUCUCCUAUAUAAAUGGAACCCCCUCUAUAAUCUUCAACUGUACGCCAUACGCCGUCCAAAUAAGUGGGAACCAAGUGAUGACCUGUGAUCUUGGAACGAUUCUUUGGUCCAUGCCAACCAUAGUCUGCAAGGACUUGACACCAUAUACCUCAAUGGGGUAUACACAUCUGUUUGGGACGGAAUCUGUCAUAAAGUUUGUUGGCACAUUGGCAUUUUAUGACAAUGCAAAGAUUUCCUGUGAGAUUGAAGGAGCCCACCUUCCUCGACCGAGAACACUUCCACGCUGGACUGCCCUUGCAGAGUAUGCUCAUACACAAGGUUCGUCUAUACAUAUAUGGAUGGAUAUCACAGACACGAGUGUAGAGGGAACACUAAUGUUCUCGGACAACAGUCUUGUUCCACUUCCAUACCAUUGGUUACCAGGCAAACCAGAUCCAUCGACAGCAGAAGGUUUUGACUGCGUCGGGAUAUUACCAAGCUGGAAACGAUGGGAAGAUCUGCCUUGCAGUAGAGGUGCAUAUUACAUUUGUGAAAUAGAACUGUGAUGCAUUCCUGCUUUGACGAGGGCCUCGCAUUUCACAAAUAAUUUACAUAUUUUACAUUUCAACUUUUCAAGUAAAUUUAAAAAGGUACAUUGUUUACACCCAAAUUCAAUAAAUUUAUUGUAAUCAAAAUGUUUUUUUCUUUUGAAUUCUUUAAAAAAAAAAAAGAGUCACCUGACUUAUCAGCAGGACUCUACACCCUGUCAUAUUAUCACAAUAUAACGACAACAGGCCAACAGUGAUAGAAUACUGUACUGAGUUUUUCUAAGCAUAUUCAGUUAAGCAAAAAAAUCCCAACUUACAAUUUUUCCUAAGUACAAAAUUAAGUUACGACUUGCCUGUUUUACUAAAGCGUUCGUAAGUUUUCGUCGUAAACUUAAGUUGCGAUUUCGGAACUCUCGUGUGCUAGGAGUAAGAUUCUUCUUAGUAACGACGCCAUGCAAGCGCAACGGGGAGUUUCACUUUAGCCUAUGUCGAUUUUUGGCAACGUCAUUGACGUCUACUACCGACAGUCGAGCCAUGGACGUGAAGCAGUAAACAUCUAAGUGGUCAGAGCCAGAGCUCGUCGCCCUUACAGUGGCCGUAACCACCCAAAAUAAUAUUUUGAGGGCCGAAUUCCACUCAUCUGUUAGUCGAAACGAAAGCAAGCACUUUGGACUGUCCAGUAAACCUACACUAAUUUUCAUCGUAUGGUAGGACUAUGGACAGU